AUGAAGGAGAAGGGCAAAGUGGCGAUUGCGCGCCUGGUGGUGCGGGCCGGCACCGCGCCCGUCCUGGUGGCGCUGGCGCCGCAGGGGGAGCUGGUGGACGCGGACGGAGUGCAGGUGCGCGCGGCGGAGGAGGUGGCGGCUGCGGUGGCGCUGUCGCCUGAGUUUGCGGAGGAUUUGAGGGGGCUCAGCAACCCGGCCCUUGACAGGCACUACGACAUGCUGGAGCGCCUGGCCCUCAAGUACAGCCGUGAGGAGCUGGGUGGUGACAUCGAGGACAGCACUCUGCCGGAUGACGAGACCCUGGCGCAGCACGGCCCCACCUUCGAGGCCUUCAGCGACGCAGUGUACGGCGCUGACGGGGCGGGGGCGGCGGGGAAGACGGCCGGCGCCAAGCGCAAGGCGGGGCCCGAGCCGCACACCGCUGAGCUGUAUGCGGAGCGCGACUGGUACAGCCUCGCAAACAGCGACCAGCUGGGGCGCCUCACAAACGACCAGCUCAAGGUGUACCUGCGCUACCAUGGGCUGACCCUGGGGGGCAACAAGGCCGACCUCCUGGCGCGCAUACAGGCCCACGUCAACCAGGAGCCUGCGUAG